UGGACUACGGAGAAUACAACAAAGUUGUGCACCCAGGAAUGUGCGGCAUCUCUAUCUUCUUGGCUUAAUGCUGUAGACCGUGAUUGUGAUCGGCAGACGGUAUUUGUCGGGGAUGUCUACAUGCUCGCGAAGACUGUUCCGACGGCAUGGAAAGAAGGGCACGACCUAAUGGGAUCCGAAGUGUGUUACUAUGAGUAUGAGGGUGGUCCACCCCCGGAAUGCUUAGACCCGGACUUCUCUACGACCCAGAUGACGAAGGAUAUGAUGGAUAUAACUAAGCUUUACGAGAAAGACCUCCUAUGUAGCGAAUGCUUCAUUAAAAUGUGGAGACAGCGGCUUAUGUCGGCCCUGCUCCCAUCUGGCGAGCAUACGGACUACCUUCUCGAUCAAUACUCCACAAUACAGGAAUAUUGCUCUACCAAGCUGCCCGUGAAUACCUACGAAACUACCUUGUUUGCUUCAACUCGCACCGUACCAGUCACUGCCACUGGAACCCCUCUCCCAUCACCAACGAGCUGUCCUGGGCAGUUGAUUGAACCAUCCGAUUCCUGGAUGGGUUGCCGCGAAAUAUCCGAUAAGUACAAUGUGAGCACAGGGACGGUGGUUGAUGUUACACAGGAUAAACAGUGUCAGUUUGACACCCCUUUGUGCUUGCCUAAGCCUUGUGAAAUUGACACUAUAUGGGGUAAAACAACCUGUGAAGAGCUAGCAGCUCGCUAUUCCACUGAUGAGCUCCCUAUAUCCGAGACGCAAUUCUUAAGCUGGAAUCCAAACAUCCUAGGGGCCUGUAGCUGGGUACACAACUCGCAACGCGUUUGCAAAGGUCCACCUGGUGGUUUUUUCAAAGCUUCUGGCGUGAUCUACGCCCCUACUACUGCAGGCUCAUAUCAUACAACAGCAAUACCGGCAGAGCCAACACGCCCUGGCACCAUCCCUGACUGCGGCCGGUACUACAAGGUUGUUGCUGGUGAUGAAUGUAACACGGUGGCUCUACGCUUUGGAAUUACAUUUACUGAAUUCCAGACUAUGAAUAACUACCUGUGGAAUAACUGCACCAACCUAUGGCUGAAUUACGAUGUUUGCGUUGCCCCAGUUACCAAAACUAGGAUAUCAGAAGAUGGCACAUGUGGUCCAUCCCAUGGGAACACCGUCUGUGAAGGAAGCUCAUUUGGAAAGUGA